CCACUACCUUAAACCCUAUCCCAACAACAGCACCCUCUCUUUGAAAACCAUAAAAACCUUAAACCCCAGUCCAUUUAUUCUCCGGCUUCCAAAACCGGAAGCUAGCAAAUCCAGGCAAUCCCAAUGUCCAUUAAAUUCCUUCCACCACUCCGUCUCCUUAACCCAUCUCCUCCCGUAACCCGUUUCCCUCUCAUGAAUGUCGGACUCUCCAUAAAUACCCGUCGGUCCAUCCCCAUUUUCUCUCGGGUCUUCCCUUUUAAGCUCAGGUGCCCAGGGUUUUCUUCUCGGUUCUCCACCCGUUCAUUUCGACCUGGACCAACCGGGUCGAGACCCGAAUUCACCCGCCGCACUGGUGCUGAACGAGAGAGAGGAGAGGUUAGGACUUCCAAGAGUUUAGUUGAAGACGAGGCCGAACUCAGUGAUUGGGUUAGUGACUUGAGGGCCAACUCGUUCCGUGGCCGAGUCACUAGCGGAGACGAGUCAGAUUCUGAUAUGGGUCGUCGUAACAGAAGUAAGAGGGGCCCUGGUAGAGAUAGAGAUAGCGGUAGCAAUAGAGGUGGAGGUAGAGAGGGGUUUUCAAUGAAGAGGAGAAGGGAGAGUGACUCAGACGAGUUUGGUGAGCCAACUCGAAGGAGAACUGAGUCGACGUUUGGUCCGCCGAGAAAGAACCGUGGAACUUUGGGUUUACAGAAUGAGAAGAGAGGACAGGGAGAGAGGGAUUUAUGGCUUAAAAGAGAUGGUAAAGGAGUAAAAGGUGAAAAGGGUUUUAUUGAUGAUGAUGAUGAGGUGGACGAUGGUGAGGACGAGAGAAAGGGGUUAAUGCGUAAUCUUGGGGGUUUGGUUACCGAGGAAGAGAGUGACGACGACGACGACGGAGAUAAUGGUAAUGGGAUUUUUGAAAAAAAUGCACUGUCUUCUACUGGUUUGAAGAAGGAAUUUGAUAUGAAAGAUAGGCCAAGUUUGUCUUCGAGUUCUGAUUCUUUUAUGAGCGAGACUAGAUUUGAUCAAUGUUCAAUUUCUCCAUUGUCAUUAAAAGGAAUCAAGGAUGCUGGAUACGAGAACAUGACUGUGGUCCAGGCGGCAACACUUCCUGUUAUAGUCAAAGGUAAGGAUGUUCUGGCCAAGGCUAAAACAGGCACUGGAAAAACUGUGGCAUUUUUGCUUCCAUCAAUUGAAGUUGUUGUAAAAUCUCCUCCUCUUGAUCGUGACCAAAAACGUCCCCCGAUUAUUGUUCUUGUCAUAUGCCCGACAAGGGAGCUUGCAACCCAAGCUGCCACGGAAGCAAAUACUCUGUUGAAAUAUCACCCAUCAAUUGGUGUUCAAGUUGUGAUAGGAGGGGUGAGAAUUGCUUCAGAGCAAAGAAAUCUGCAAGCAAACCCUUGCCAGAUUCUUGUUGCUACACCUGGAAGACUCAAAGAUCAUCUUGAGAAUACUGCAGGAUUUGCAACGAGGCUGAUGGGUGUGAAAGUCCUUGUACUUGAUGAAGCUGAUCGGUUGUUAGACAUGGGAUUUCGUAAAGAUAUUGAGAAAAUAAUUGCAGCUAUUCCAAAACAAAGACAAACACUCAUGUUUUCUGCCACAGUUCCUGAAGAGGUUCGCCAAAUCUGUCAUGCUGCUUUGAAAAGAGAUCAUGAGUUCAUCAAUACAGUUGAAGAGGGAACUGAAGACACACAUUCCAAGGUCAGACAGAUGCAUGUGAUUGCUCCAUUAGACAAGCAAUUUCCCCUUUUAUAUGUCAUUCUGAAAGAUCAUAUUGCAGAUGACCCUGAUUAUAAGGUUAUUGUCUUUUGUACUACUGCUAGGGUGACUGGACUGGUUGCUGGACUUCUUGGUGAAUUGAACUUGAAUAUUAGAGAGAUCCAUUCUAGAAAGGCUCAGACAUACAGGACCAGGGUUUCCAAUGAGUUCCGGAAGUCCAGGGGCCUUAUACUUGUGACUUCUGAUGUAUCUGCACGCGGAGUUGAUUAUCCAGAUGUCACCCUUGUCAUACAGGUGGGGUUGCCAGCUAGUAGAGAACAGUAUAUACAUCGACUUGGUAGAACUGGGCGUAAAGGUAAAGAAGGGGAAGGUAUUUUGUUGCUGGCACCUUGGGAGGAGUUCUUUUUAUCUACCGUCAAGGAUCUGCCAUUAACAAAAGCGCCAAUGCCUUCAAUAGACCCAGACACGAAGAAAAAGGUGGAACGGGCACUGUCACAGUUGGACAUGAAUUCCAAACAGGCAGCAUACCAGGCCUGGUUAGGUUAUUACAAUUCACAAAAGAAAGUGGGCAAUGACAAGUACAGGCUCGUGGAGCUUGCUAAUGAGUUCAGCCGGAGUAUGGGACUUGAUACUCCUCCAGCCAUUCCCAAGCUCGUCCUUGGGAAGAUGGGCCUCAGGAAUAUUCCUGGCUUACGCACGAAGUAGAUCAGUAUCUCUAAUGAACUGGAUUAUUUUGCCCGGGAAUAUCCUUGUGGAGGAUCUUUAUAGGAAAAAUAUUAUUCAUUAAAUUAAUGUUUUUUUUUUCUCUCCUUAAAUUAAAUUGGUAUUGUGCUAUAGAGGACGAGUGUCAUACUAACUCAGUACACAAAUGAUUACAAUCAUUGGAUUUGGAUGUGUGAGAGCUACCGAGGGCACCCGAUUGUCAUUUGUGUAAAAAAGUACAUUUCUCUA